CCACGAUCAUCAUCAAUAAUGGCAGGCCAGCCAAAAAGCGUCGUAAGGCGUCUAUCUCAAGUCUUCGUCGAAAUUCCUUCAUCCGCGAUGCAUAAGCCUAGUAUACCAGCUCCUAGCGACCCUACGCGCACUGUGUCCAACCGCAAAGAAAACACAUUGCGUGCAUCCAUGUCUCAAAACACCACGGACAAGUCAUUCAAACGCAAAACAGACGAGACCCUUGACAAGCCGGAAAAGAGAUCAAAGCUUGACACUACAGUUAGCCAGCCAACCGCUACGCGCCGUCCUCUCCCGAACGCUACCUCCGACUUCCCAAACGGCUUUGUUUAUUGUCACCAAUGCAGCAAGAAGCGCGACGCAGCGCUCGCCGUCCAUUGCACGCGCGAAGAUGCGAAAUCUAAGCGACAGUGCAACACCAAGUACUGCGGCCCCUGUCUCAAGAACCGCUACGGACUCGCGCUUCAGGACAUCUUGUCCACCGGUACUGUCCCAACAGCCGAGAGAAAACGGCACGUAUCGGGCGAGGGGUACUUUUUCAAGUGCCCCCGAUGCGAGGAGAUCUGUAAUUGCGUUCACUGCCGAAAGUCAAAGGGCCUUCAGCCCACGGGGAAGCUCACUGUCGCAACGCGUAAAUCAGGACUCCAGUCAGCCGCAGAACUUCUCCCGCAAGAUCCAGCUACAGGCGGCCCAAUGGCAGGUAAACCUGUCGCUGAGAAGUCGAGAACAGCCAAAUCCGCGCUUCAGCGUACUGUAAGCGUAACUAGUAAUUCCAAGUCCAGAUCUACCAAGGAUCCCGCGCAUAUAUCCACAUUUGCACCGAUUCCACCUCAGAAAUCUCUUCCCAAAGCUCCCUGGACACCGAUCCGUACUCAACUCUCCUUGCAAGGAGCGGAAGUCCGCAUUUACAUCCGUGAAUUUGCACUUCGUUUUCUCCCUCUGUCACGUUCACACCACGAUGAGCUCGAGGUUUUCGCCCGUUGUCGACGACAUUUGGAUGACGAUGUGGAGCACGGUGAUUUAGAACAUUGGGUCUCAGAUGGAUGCUUGAAAGCACUACUGAUUGCAUUGUUAGGCAUGAUCGAAGUAGAUACCAAGAUCCUCUCCACAACAGCCAACGCGCUCCAUCAACAUAUAUUCCUAUUCAGGAUUGUUAAGACUCUAAGCACCUUGAGGACCCUCCCUUCUCUCGCUCUCCCGUCUCCUACGCCCGCCCCUGAACACCUCCUUGAGAACGCGCCCAUCAUUAGAACCCGAUCCACCCGCAAUUCGUCUCAUGCCGAAGAAACGGCCAAGGAGACAGACUGGCCCCAAGUAGUCCGUACCUCACAACUCAUACCUGUUGUCAGUGUCCUUGUAGACCAUGCUUUACAAGGAAAGGCGGUCAGGGAUGCAUUAGAAGAAGGUGCGAAGGAUGCGAAAGAAUUGGCGAGGCAAAGUAUAGAGAUGAAGAGAGCUUUUGAUCGGGCUGAGAAAGAGAGAAAGGAGAAGAAGAAAGCGGAGACAGAGCAGAAGGUCAAGGAUAGGAAAGCGCAGGCCAAAGAUAGGAAAACGAAGGGGAAAAGAAGUGCCAGUGCCAAGGACAAGGAAAAGGAGAAAGACGACCAGGAGAAAGAGAAGGACUCGAAUGAUUUUGAGGACACACCAACGUAUACACUGACCCCCCAGACAGCCCUGACGCUCGCCUCAUCCUCCUGUGCACAGCGCAUCAUACCACUAGGUCGGGACUCGGAAGGCAGAGUAUACUGGGCUCUGACGCCAGGACGAGGAGAGAGAGACGCUUCACGCGAGUACCUUACCUCUAAUAUCGAAGUUGGGGAACAAGACGGAGGCGCCAAGAUUAAGAGCCAUAAAGCCAAGUCAGGAUCGACGUGGACUCCCCCCUCCCUAUCAGAACGUGCGUUACACAAACGAUGGAGCUGGUUCAUAGCUGUGUGGGGCGUGCGACCAGGAGUUGAAGAGAGAAUAGACACGCCACAGGAUGAGGAUUGUUCAGAUUCCGAGUCUGAGUCCGGCCCUGAUUCUGAAUCGGACGAGGAUCAAGACGACAGGAAGCCACGGAACACGAAGACUGAAUGUCCCAGAUGGUACGCCUUCUCAAAUCCUGUAGACAUCUUCAAGCUCGCGGAGUGGGUCGAGUGGAAAGCUGGACUUGAUGCGCCUUCCAGUUCCUCGGAAAAGUCAAAACUGCGACCUAUAUCAGCCUUACCUUCUCGUGCAUCAUCCACAUCGACCUCCCAUGCAAUCUCGUUUUCAAACAUCCACACGUCAGCAUCCACUUCCACUGCAGCUUUAUCGUCCUCCAACAAACUCAGCAAAGGCUCAAAAUUUGCUGCCUCACUCUUAGCUAACAAGGAAAUGGUUUCAUCAUCUGAGGAGAUUUCGAUGAUACGCCCCGUAUGCCCCAGCUCCGGUCACUCGUCCGCGAACUCCGAGCAUAUGCUGCACUAUUGAAGAAACGAGCCUAGGCAUAGGCUGGGGGACUUUGCACGUUGCCCACGUGCUGUUUCCGCCUGCGCCGCAACUGACUUCAAUUGCACGUCUACUGUCGCUCCAUCUCCCUCUGUAAAAUGCCUCGUUUAUCUCUGUCCUAUAAUUGAUCGGUCUCUUACCUUACCCAGCGCUUUGCAGAUGCUUAAUCGACUCUUCGUUACCUUGCUCAACCAUUUGUCCCCAUUCCUCAUAUCUUACGAGAUUCCGCAUCUGCUGCCCUCUUUCCACUGCUAUCGUCAUCUAGUGAUCAAUUGACUUCUUAUCGCCUCGCAUAGACAGUGGUGCACCUGAUUCUACUUUACAUGGCAGCGAUUUGGCGUGUUAAUCAGUAGACUCUUUCUGUUCACGUUUAGACAUAGAAGACAUAGAAUAUUUGCUAUUGUUAGGUGGAUGUUAUCAUAUAUAAUACCUUGAACUUAAAUAUUGC